UGGUUGCAAAUAUCAAAAAAUUUCUCUAUGUGACACAGCACCAGAGUUAAGUUAGGGUUUUUCAAAAUGCUGACACGCCGAGCUCAAAAGGUUCGCCAUCACUGGGCUAGGGUGAGGCAGCCCCGGAGGUCCGCAGACGUCAACUAUUGUCUUUAGUCAUCAGGCGAUGAGAUGAUGUUGAUGAGAUGAUGUUUUGACUCCUGGUUGGCCCGCCUGACCCUGCUUAUCGGUGCUGCUUGCUGGAUUCACAGCUGAGAUACCUCCUCAAAUCGUUUCACACAGGCCUUGAAAAGGAAACUUAAGAAAAACCUAAACCCCUAUUCACAUAUGUAUAUGUGUCCUAAGAUUUAAAAUAAUAGGAUUCCUUUUCAGAUUAAUUCAGGUGCUCUAUCAGAAUGUACGCUCCCUACCAAUUCCCGUGCAGCAAAGGUUGAGAAUCCCUGCGAUGCCUCCCCCAGGGCCCUUUCCAGCGGCACCGAGGAAGGCAGGCUGGUGUGCCCGCAGCUAUUGGCCAGUCGGGCAGAUCCCCGGUCAAAUACACUUAUGUCCUCGGCUCUUCUCUUCUUCCGCGCAAGAAUGUGCACAUACCCUGCCUCAGGCCCAGCCCCGUCCUCGGAACCAAAUUCUGUGUCUCUCUGGCUCACAUCUCAGAAUCAAAUUCCUGACCGCGGACAAGCUGAAGCAGAAACAAGCCCCUUCCGAGCGCCAGAAGGCUCGUGUCCCAGAUGUCCCGGGCGGUGAAAACCAGAGGAAAGACACAUUCCCGACUGGAGGAAUGCGCCACCACGCGUGGUCAACACUGCCAGGGUGACGACAGCCUCGGCACCCACACCCGCUGCCUCUCACUGCGGCUACCGCAGUCACGCCUCAGGGUCGCCGAUCCUUUCAGAGGCGCAGGCCGACGCAUGUUUCAUACGUCAUGCUGAAGCGCGCCGGCCGCGGAGACUUCUGGGAAAUGCAGUCCGAACGAAGGCCGCGCUCUGAUUGUGCGCGCAGGCCCUUUGCGCAGACUCUGCCUUCCCGACCUGAUGAAGCGCGGUUUUCCUGGGUCCUGAGCGCCGAGUCCCGGAGGACUCUGCCCUUUCCUAAUGGAGAGCACCCAGGAGGGAACAGCUGCUGUGGCUCCAACUGCCAGGUGCCAGGAGUCAGUGACAUUCAUGGAUGUGGCCGUGAUUUUCACAGAUGAAGAGUGGAGGCAUCUGAUCCCUAUUCAGAGGGACCUCUACAAGGAGGUGAUGCUGGAGAACUAUCAGAGCAUCAUCUCACUGGGACUUCCAGUUCCUCAACCUGAUGUGAUUUUCCAGUUUAACAGAGAGGAUAAACCUUGGAUAAUUGAUCUUCAUGGACCUGAUGAAGGAAGAUGGCCAGAGAACAUUUCUCUAGACUGGGAGACAAAGCCUGAGAUUCAAGGUGAGAUUCAAAUUGAUUCAGAAGAAAAGUCAGAAGGAAUGUCAAUGGAAAAGCUUGGAAGAAAAAGUCCUCUGUGUACUAAAUUGGAAGUUCAUGCACUAGAAGGUGGAUUGGAAACAGAGAAGGAAAGUCCUAUAGUGGAGACUUGUAAGAAAUCCUUUUCCCAGGAGGAAAGCUUGCAGCAAGGGUUAACCCGUCCCAAGAAAAUUCUCACUAAAGACAGAGACCAGGAAUGCAGUGAUUGUGGGAAGACCUUUUUUGACCACUCAUCCCUUAUCCGCCAUCAGAAGACUCACACGGGAGAGAAGCCCUAUGACUGUCAUGAGUGUGGGAAAGCUUUUUACAACCGUUCAGCUCUAACUGUACAUCAGCGAGUUCACACUGGAGAGAAGCCCUUUAAAUGCCGUGAGUGUGGGAAAGCUUUCAGUCGUAGGUGCAGUCUCAGCAGACACUUGAUGUCUCACACUGGGGAGAGCCCCUACGAAUGUAGCACAUGUGGAAAAGCCUUUUUUGACCGUUCAUCCCUAACUGUACAUCAGCGAAUUCACACCGGAGAGAAACCAUUUAAAUGCAGCGAGUGUGGGAAAGCCUUCUUUGACCGUUCAUCCCUCACUCGACACCAGAGAAUUCAUACUGGAGAAACUCCUUAUGAAUGUAGUCAGUGUGGGAAAGCCUUCAGCCAGAAAAGCAUUCUUACUAGACACCAGCUCAUCCAUACCGGCCGGAAGCCGUAUGAAUGUACUGAGUGUGGGAAAGCCUUUUAUGGUAUCUCAUCACUGAACAGACAUCAAAAAGCUCAUGCUGGAGAGCCUCACUUCCAGUGCAGUGAGUGUGGGAAAGCGUUUUUUGACCGCUCAUCCCUUACACAGCAUCAGAAGAUUCACACUGGAGACAAGCCCUAUGAAUGCAGUGAAUGCGGGAAAGCCUUUAGCCAGAGAAGCCGGCUUACACGACAUCAGAGGGUUCAUACAGGAGAGAAACCCUUUGAAUGCAGCGUAUGUGGGAAAGUGUUUAGUUCUAAAUCAUCAGUUAUUCAACAUCAACGGCGCUAUGCCAAACAGGGAAUAGACUGAAUUGAGUGAAAUUUUUAGUCAAAGGACCUCCAUGAAAACUUAAAAUAGGUCUUCCUCAUCUUAAACUGAUCAAUUAAUCAUUCUACCUAUUCUGGCUACUGCUCUCUUUUCCUGCCUCUGCUACCACAGUGUUUGAAUAAAAACUAUAUACCGUGUUAUAGAACAGAUGUGGGAUGCUGGAAAUUAGGGUGCAAUUGUAAAGAGUCAACAUUUUGCAGAAGUUUCUCAGACAAUAGGAUAAAUGUUAGGAGGUGAUCCUCAGACACACCUCUUAUCUGAGUCCCCUGGUAUCCCAGCACUUUAAAUAACUGGAGGCUAUAACAGGAAGGGAAAGACAAAAUUAUAUCAGAGCAGGACUGAUUUACUCAAAUAGUUAUUUUAUAGCUGUUAGUCCCUCUCUCUUGAAGCUUUUUUGCACACUGAUCUUUUUGUGUGUCCCAACUUUUAGAUAUCUUUAAUACUGCUACUACGAAUAGCUAGCACUUAUUGAGCACUUAUUAUGGGGUAAGCACUCAACUACAAGUUUUGCAAGGAGAUUAUUUGGUCCUCUCAAAUAAUCCUAUCCGGUGUGACUCAGUGGGUGACCUCGACCUAUGAACCAGGAGGCCAUGGUUAGAUUCCUGGUCAAGGUACAUGCCUGGGUUGUGGGCUCGAUCCCCAGUAGGGAGCGUGCAGGAGGCAGCCAAUCAAUGAUUCUCAUCCUUGAUGUUUCCAUCUCUCCUGCUCCCUUAUUCUCUCUGAAAUCAAUAAAAACAUAUUCAUUAAAAAAACAAACCCUAUUAAGUAGGUACUCUUACUACCUGAAUUUUACAGGUGAGCAAACUGGAGUUUGGAGGGGUUAAAUAAAUUGCCCAAGGUAACAGCUAGUAAAAGGUGAGGCCAGUUCUUGAACAGGUCUACCUUCAAAAUCCAUUCCUUUCACCAUUAUGGUAUAAAGUUGGUUUUAUAAUUUAUAUACAUGUAUUAUCUACUUAGCUAAAUUAUAAGCACUUUGUAGCUCUCACAGUGCCUUGCAAAUAAUAGGUGCCCAAUAAAUAUUUAUCUGAAUGAAUGACUUUUCUUCUUACCCAGUUCCAUUUAAAACACCUAAUAGAUUCACAUCCUUUCUUUGAAUUCUUUCAGUCUAGCCUACACCUUUAUCAUCAAAAGGUCCCAUUACUGCAGUAGUCACUUUCUGGUUCCAAUUCUUCCAAUCUCACCAUUGAAGAGAGUUAUGCUAUGAUGUCAUCACAAGUAAACCCCCCCCACCCCCCCAAUAAACAAAGAUUCAUUUCUCACAUAAAACAUGAUGUGAGUCUGUCUACUCCAAAGUCAAGAGAAAGCUGGAGGAUUUUGUAGAAUAUUUUUAAUGGCCAUCACUUCUGUCCACAUCUCAUAAAACAGAACCCACCACCAAGAGGCUAGAAAAGUAAACAAGCACCUCAAUAUUUGGUUAAUAUCAAUAGCUGUUGGUUACAUUUUGCAUAUUACUGUUAGGCCAUUCUUUCCAAAUGACCCUUCUACCAUCUUUGUCUUAUGCAGGAUGCAAAAUUGCUCCUCAAUUGAAGUGUCCCUGAAUAUAAAGGUUUAGCUUGAUGUGAUCCCACAUUGCUGAACUUUUAAGUCUUGACUCUCCAAAAUCUUCGUUCCCUAGGCCCAGCCCAAUAUUUUUAUUUUACCAAAUAAAAUAACUUUAGGCAUUUGCUUAAGGUGAACCCCAACUUGCUAAUGUCCCUGUUGAUCUUGGCCCAUCUUUCUUAGAGCAGAUGAAGGAUUUCCAUGUGUGGACUUCUGAAGCCACAUGAAGAAAAACACUCUAGAACAGGGGUGGGCAAACUUUUUGACUCGAGGGCCACAAUGGGUUCUUAAACUGGACCGGAGGGCCGGAACAAAAGCAUGGAUGGAGUGUUUGUGUGAACUAAUAUAAAUUCAAAGUAAACAUCAUUACAUAAAAGGGUACGGGCUUUUUCUUUUUUAGUUUUAUUCAUUUCAAAAGGGCCAGAUCCGGCCCGCAGGCCGUAGUUUGCCCACAGCUGCUCUAGAAUCUAUUGAAGUAGAUAAUAACUGAUAAUAUUUAAUGUUACAUAGAAAAUAAAAGGGAUUAUUGAUAACCUUUUGGCUGGUGACUGUCUCAGAGUUCUAAAUCUUUCAUUUACAGCUUUGUUAAAUAUAAAUUGAGGAUCAAAUAUUUCUCUAAGAUAUUCUGGCAAUGUCAGCAAGAUGAGACUAGAAUUCAGAAUUUUAACAGAUUUUUGAGUACAGAGGUAAAUAAAACUAGUGGGGGUAUCAAUAUAAUAGUUCUUUGUUACCUUUUUAAAUUUGGUAUUCAGAGGAUUUGUUGUUGUUCUAUAAUCCUGCCUCUUACAUCUUUUUUUUUAUAAAUUGAUAUUUAGAGAGAGUGGAAGGUAGAGAGAGAGAAAAACAUCACCUGCAACGGGACACAUGCCCUGACCAGGAAUCAAGCGGUCAGGUGCAUGGGAUGACACCCAAAUAACUGAGCCUCACCAGCCAAGGGAUUUUUUUUAAAAAAUGUGAAAUACUGUUCCAAUUCCUGCUUAAAGUUCUGAAGGGCCAUUUUACCUUUUAAUUGGUAUCUCACAAUAGGGCAUGUAGUAGUGGAGGCCUUAAAUUUUGAGGUUUUCAUUACACCUAAUGGCCAUUAGUAGGAUCCAAUCUUGGAAUCAGAAAUUGGCCAAAUUAGAAGUAUGUCAGCAUUCUUAAGACAAAAGGUGGAAUACUUGGUACUGUUUGUAGUGUUUUAGCUUAAGACUUUGAAAUUAGUUUCAAGGAAAUGAAAGAAUCUCUCUGGUGCUUAAAUAAGCCCUAUCUAAAUUAUAAAAGAAGUGAAUACUUACCACACAUAUUAACAGAAGUACUCCACAAAUCAACUCUUCAAAGGAAAGGUUCUGCAAUGCUAGGAACUUUGAAAUAAAGAGAAUAUGAUAGAGAAAAUCUGAGCACUGAAUUAACAAAUACCUAUCUAGUCCCAAACCAAAUGCACUUUCUAGAACUAGGAAAAUAAACAUCAAGCUAAUAUUGAUUUAGGACUGCAAAUACUUUACACUGUUGUGCUAAUAGCUUUUAGUCCACUCUACAUGGAGCUUCAUGGAGCUCUGAUUUGGGUUAUAUGUUAUUGUUCUUCACUUCAGCUCCAAAAGACCCCUACGUUCCCUGACCUUUGACUCUUCUCCCUCUAACCUGACCUUUAGUGAACCAACCUGUCACCCAACUGUUCUUGUUUCUAGGGUGGUGGUUGUUUUUAUCUUUGCUUUAAUCUUUUUGAUGACUACUAGUAAGAUUCCUUGAUCUGGCCCUGAUAUUCCACUGAUACCGUGGAUACGCUGCCUUCCUUUCUCAUCACAUAAUCACUCAUAGCUAGUGAAGAAAAAAUAUUCAUACCAAAAUGUUCAAAGUCCAGUUUCAACAGUCAGCUUCAGCCUGUGCAGCUAGGAGGAUGGGCCCCAGGCUUAAGAAGUCAGCAAUAAUGAACCAGAAGAUGGGGCUGUCUGAUCUCAAGUACCACCAAGUCAAAGUCAACUCCAGACAAAGCUCAUCUGAGUAGUCAGUACAAAAGCAGCAUGGGUGAGAAUAUAACUGAAAUCCAGGCCACCAAGUCCUAUUAGACACGAUGUCCUCAACAUCAGCAUCUGUGAAACCAAAUGCAGACUCCUAAUGAGAAUGAAGAUUCCAAAUGAGAAUUCCUGCUUAGUAAUGAAGCAGUUGAGAGAGAGAGAGAGAGAGCAUGAGCACCAAGAUAAGGACAGGAUCCUCAUGUCUAUCAUGUCUAGGUGUGUUUUUUAAGAAGCACAAUUACUUUAAUUUUUUGGUGCCAUGUCAGCACUCCAGCAGAUGGAUAGAGAAUUAACAUGGCAUUCUCUUUUUUCAUCUUGUUAAUAAGCAUGGAUCUGAGACUUUAGAACAAAUGGACUGAUGGUGAAACCAAGUUGCAGAGGCCACAAAAAUCAGUCCCCAUGAUAAUCAAAUAUCUGGCCCCUGGUAUAGUGCCCAAGCUUGUUGAACAUGCCAGAGGUACUGUGUAAGGAUGUAGAUUUCUUUCCAUCAUUCAUGUGUAUUAAACCUGUGCAAAGCCUGCAGAAGAGGCAAAUGACUAAUUAUCCUAGGAUUAGCUGUUCAAUGUAUUGAGCCAUUUUAUAGAACCUCAUGAUAAAGUAAUUUGCAAUAGCCAAAGUGCUGAUAAUGGGCAUUGAGUAAUGCUUACUAUGCCAGAGGCUGUUAGUUGCCUAACCUGUAGUUGUUAUUCUUCUCUUCUUUAAUAAUAGGAACUCUGAGUCUGUUCUGAGGAGCAGAGUGCCCAACAAUAUUUCUCAGUCUCUCUUGCAGGGAAGUAUUAGGACAAUGAAUUGCUGCUAUAUCAAAUAUCAGUCCAAUGGUAUAUGGAUAUAUUAAAUACCAAGCCAAUGAUAUCUAUAUCUACACUAAUAAAAGACAAACAUGCAAAUUGACCACACCUUCGCUAUGCAUUAAGUCACG